AUGGCCGUAUGGAAGGGGGAGGGCCGAGUCUGUGCAAAAUCCACUGACCGUGGCAAGAAGUACGACGAGGGUGCUGUGAGCGUCGGCCCUGACCCGGGGGAGCUGGACGCCACGUGUUCGCUCCGUGAGAACGGUCCUGCCUGGAAACGCCGGGCUCGGGCCACUCGUCAUUUACGCAGACUCCGGCGCAGGGAGAGUCGAUUCCGCUUCCCCGCGGAGUUGCCCCACGCUGCAGCGGCGCCGGUCAGCGUUGGGGACGACGCCGGGAAGCUGCGCUUCGCGGUGGUGAACGCAUCGCGGUGGUGCAACCCGGGCAAGACCCUACGGCAGCCCCUGGAAAGAGGGACCGUUAAUACGCUGUGGCGGGGAAUCACAAGUCUGCCAGGGUUCCUGCUGCAGCUAGGGCCCCGACACACAACCGCUGGGGAGCUGCAGGCCAAGGGCCUGACGAUGGCCGAGGAUCUGAGAGCGGCGGGGGCCAGCCAGACGAAGAGAGGGGACGGCGGCGGCGAGGUGGCUGAAAGGCCUGAGGAAAACGGGCAUCCAAAUAAAAGGCUGAAGAGAGAUGCGGAUGAGGAGGACGCGGAGGAGCGGAAUAAAAAGUCGCCCAAAAGGAAGAUCGUGUUGUUGAUGGCAUAUUCGGGGAAAGGCUACCAUGGGAUGCAAAGAAACGUGGGAUCUUCACAGUUCAAGACAAUUGAAGAUGACUUAGUAUCUGCCCUUGUUCAGUCAGGCUGCAUCCCAGAAAACCACGGGGAAGAUAUGAAGAAAAUGUCUUUUCAGCGGUGUGCUCGAACGGAUAAGGGUGUGUCUGCAGCUGGACAGAUUGUGUCGCUAAAGGUCAGGCUAAUAGAUGACAUCUUAGAAAAGAUCAAUAACCAUCUUCCUUCUCACAUCAGAAUUCUGGGUCUGAAGAGAGUCACUGGGGGAUUCAACUCCAAGAACAAAUGCGAUGCCAGAACCUACUCUUACAUGCUGCCAACAUUUGCCUUUGCCCAUAAAGACCAUGAUGCGCAAGAAGAGGUUUAUCGACUGGACAGAGAGACCCUUGAAAAAGUCAAUAAACUGCUUGCGUGCUAUAAAGGAACGCACAACUUCCACAACUUCACAUCUCAGAAGGGACCCAGGGACCCCAGUGCCAAGCGGUACAUAAUGGAGAUGUACUGUGGAGAGCCGUUCGUGAGGGAAGACAUGGAAUUUGCAGUGAUCAAAGUGAAAGGUCAGAGUUUCAUGAUGCACCAAAUAAGGAAGAUGAUUGGGCUGGUGAUAGCUGUUGUGAAAGGUUAUGCUGCCGAGUCUAUCAUAGAGCUCAGCUGGGGAGAGGAGAAGGUAGAUGUCCCCAAAGCUCCAGGACUUGGGCUGGUCUUGGAAAGAGUACACUUUGAAAAAUACAACAGACGUUUUGGAAAUGACGGGCUGCAUGAGCCACUGGAGUGGACAGAGGAGGAGGAGAAGAUUGCUGUUUUCAAAGAGCAGUACAUCUAUCCUACCAUUAUCAACACAGAAAGGGAAGAGAAAUCCAUGGUGAACUGGCUAAACACCCUCUCCAUUCAUGACUUCAACUCUUCGGUUGUUGGGAUGCAAGCUAACAACAAAAAUUCGAAGAACAGCAGCGAUCUGGAAGGCAGUGAUGGUUGUGCUGAUGAUUCCGACUGAGCCAGGAAGAGGCUGGACGUGGGACCCUUACCGCUUGCAGUUCCCGUUCUCUGCAAAAAGGUGGCCUUUCUAAAUCCAAGAAUCCAGUAAAGCAGGGGUUUGUGUGCUUGCAGAACAAGAACCGGUUGCCCAGGAGAAACCGGGUGGGGAAGACAGCGCAGUAGAAAAAGUAGAAGCAGCUUUUUAUACCACUGACUGAUUCACCUGACUGAUAUACUUGAAAAUAGAGUAACGAGAAAGAAGCUUUCUAAAAGAAUCUUGUAAUGCGGGAUAUCUGAAUUGCUAUUUGAAUAAUGUUUUUAUUGUAUGUUUACCUGGAAAAUAGUAUUUUAAAUAUGUAUAAUCUCUACAUAAAGAUGGGGCAAGUCAUUUUAAUAUACUCUUUUUUUGAUUAUUAUUAUUAUGAAGUUAUGACUCCAUGAACUUAUG